CUGACACUGUAUUUCGCAGUAUUCACUUCAUUGUCGUCAUCGUCAACUCGCAUAUAUUAAUAUAAGAAACAACCUUUCUUUUCGCCGUUUCUCUUCCAGCCACAUUCUAGGGUUAGGGUUUCUUCUGCAUCUGCUUCAAUGGGGAAGGGAACAGGGAGCUUCGGAAAGAGAAGGAACAAGACUCACACGCUCUGUGUGAGGUGCGGCCGCCGCAGCUUCCAUCUCCAGAAGAGUCGCUGCUCCGCUUGCGCCUUCCCUGCUGCCCGCAAGAGAAAAUAUAACUGGAGUGUGAAGGCCAUUAGGAGAAAGACCACCGGAACCGGUAGGAUGAGGUACUUGCGCCACGUCCCUCGCAGGUUCAAGAGUGGCUUCAGAGAAGGCACAGAAGCUGCACCAAGGAAGAGGGGAGCUGCUGCUACUGCCUAAGGCUUUCAAAGAUUGUUUCUUUUACUCAAUUUAUAGGAUUGCAAUAAUUUUAUAUAUUGAGGCAAAGUUCAUUGAGACAUUACUUAUCAAUUUUGAUUUCCUUCUACCUUUAUAAUUCUUCAACAUAUCAAUACUGUAAGACUUUUUGUUUGUUUAAUGAGAGUUUUUUACAUCUAAAUUUUUGCUCUGAAGUAUGGUGAAGCUGUGUUGAUUUAUCUGCUUUGAUCUUACACAUGCAUUGUAGUUUCUCCCACAGGCCUCGCUUUUCCACUGUGUUGAUCAGUUUACUGAUUGAUUCAAUGCGGAUUCAUAUAAUGUAAAUUCUCUAAUGAUGUUGAA